AUGGGAGGGAAAAACAGAGAUCUUAUUGCAGAAAAAUUAAGAUCAAAAUAAUCUGAACGAUAAAGUCCAUUUAAAUGUAAAGGUACUUUUAAUAAAAUUCUUAAUCUAGUUAGAAAAUCCAUUUUUUAAUCACAAUCUCAUCAAAAAUAUACGUAAUCUAUAAAAAAAUUCAUCUCCAAUUUCAUCUAAAAGCAUAAGAACAAAAACAUAAUCUAAACUCUCAUUUCUCUAAAUUAUUGAAAUCAAGCCAGCAACAACAAAAGAACAAUAAUUAAGAAGAGCAUCUUCCUUUACAUCAGCAAAAUAAAAGCUCUUUAAGAUACUUACAGAAAAAUGA